AUGGAGGCGCCGGCCGAGCUGCUGGCGGCGCUGGCCACCGCGCUGGCGCUGCUGCUCGCCUGGCUGCUCGUGCGACGCGGGGCGGCGGCGACAAGCCCGGAGCCCGCGAGCCCGGAGCCGGCGCCCCCGGCCCGGCCCAGCGCGGCCCCUCCCGACGCCCCGCCGGAACCCUGCGCCCCGGAGACGCCAGCCGCGCACACGGGGCCAGAGGAGCCGGUGGAACCCGAGGAGACCGUGGAGCCCGCGGCGGCACCGGCUGAGGCGGAAGAGCCAGUGGCGGAGGCGAGACAGGAGGAGGAGGAGCAGGACUCGGAGAGUGACAAGGGCCUGUCCCCGGAAGGGCCUGAGGAUGAGGAUGGAGACACCUUCUCCUUUAAAUACAGCCCUGGGAAGCUGAGGGGAAACCAGUACAAGAAGAUGAUGACCAGGGAGGAGCUGGAAGAGGAGCAGAGAGUUCAGAAGGAGCAGCUGGCCGCCAUCUUCAAGCUCAUGGAGGACAACAAGGAGACGUUUGGGGAGAUGUCGGACGGUGACGUGCAGGAGCAGCUGCGGCUGUACGACAUGUAA